UCUGCAGGCCUGGUGUGGAUGUGUGAGCGUGGGACACUGAGCGUGCCUCACUGUGUUGGUUCUGCUGAGGUUGGGGGUCGAGUUCCUGUCUGCGGUUAUCUACCGGGUGUUGUCUUUGAACUGUCCCUGGCCUCCUCCAGGCUAGCGAACUGUCCACCACGGCCUGCACUGACCAGGGCACACCAUCCAGGAUCUGCUGGGCCUCAGAUCCGCAGAGUGGCUCUGCUCACACUUGCAGGCGCCUGGGUUCCAAUGGCUGGGGCAGGUGUGGGCCGGGGCAGCAGCCUCUGCACUUCCCGGGGAAUGCCCUCGCUGCUGGCUGGCGACGCUGGGCAGCCAGGCCACUUGGCAGGGCUUCCCCACCUCUGCACCAAACCGGGGACACCUGGGGAUGGCAAAGUCCUUGUCAGGGCUUGCUUCGGAGCUGUCUUGUGCAACGGGCUGGAGUCCACUGGGUGCAGGAAGAUGAGGGCCCUUCUCCUCUUGCUGGUAUUUCUGGGGGCAACCCAGAGCCACACCGCGUCAAGGCCGAAUAUCGUCCUGUUGAUGGCCGACGACCUUGGCAUCGGCGACCCUGGAUGCUACGGGAACAAGACCCUCAGGACUCCCAACAUUGACCGGCUGGCCAGCGGGGGGGCCAAGCUGACCCAGCACCUGGCGGCGUCCCCCCUGUGCACCCCGAGCAGGGCGUCCUUCCUGACGGGCCGGUACUCGGUGCGAUCGGGAAUGGCGUCGUGGAACAGAAUGGGCGUGUACGUCUUCGCGGCUUCCUCUGGAGGACUGCCCCCCAGUGAGGUCACCUUCGCCAAACUUGUGAAGAGCCAGGGCUACUCCACAGCGCUCAUAGGGAAGUGGCACCUGGGCAUGAACUGUCACAACAGGACCGACUUCUGCCACCACCCCUUGCGCCACGGCUUUGACGAGUUCUUUGGGGUACCCCUGAGCAACCUGAGGGACUGCAAACCCGGGGAGGGCACCGUCUUCGCCUCGGCCACCCGCUGGCUGGUGUGGGUCCCGCUGCAGGUCCUCGGGCUGGCGGUGCUGACCCUGGGGGCGCUGCGCUGCCUGGGGCUGCUGCGGGUGCCCCUGGCCGUCUUCCUGGGCCUGCUGCUCCUGAUGGCCCUGCUGCUGCUCCUCUUCCUCUGCUUCCUGCACUUCUUCCCACCGCUCAACUGCUUCCUGAUGAGGGGCUACGCCGUCACGCAGCAGCCGCUGUCCUUCGACAACCUCACCCAGAGGCUCACGGUGGAGGCCACCGGCUUCAUACGACGGCACGCCGACACUCCGUUCCUGCUCUUCCUGUCUUUCAUCCACGUGCACACGGCCCACUUCUCCUCCAAGGAGUUCGCCAGAAAGAGUCGGCACGGGCCCUACGGGGACGGCGUGGAGGAGAUGGACUGGAGCGUGGGGCAGGUCCUGGAUGUCCUAGAGGAGCUGGGACUGGCCGACAAGACCCUCGUCUACUUCACCUCGGACCACGGAGCCCACGUGGAGGAGGUGACCGCCAAGGGCCAGAAGCACGGCGGCAGCAACGGCAUCUAUAAAGGGGGGAAAGCCAACAACUGGGAAGGAGGUAUUCGGGUCCCAGGCAUCCUUCGGUGGCCGGGGGUGAUCGAGGCCGGUGUGGAGAUUGACGAGCCCACGAGCAACAUGGACAUCUUCCCCACGGUGGCCAAGCUAGCUGGGUCACCUUUGCCCAAAGACAGGAUCAUCGAUGGCCAAGACCUGAUGCCGCUGCUCCAAGGGAAGAGCCGGCGCUCGGGGCACGAGUUCCUCUUCCACUACUGCAACGCCUACCUGAACGCCGUGCGGUGGCACCCGCCCAACAGCUCGUCCGUCUGGAAGGCCUUCUACUUCACGCCCAAGUUCCACCCGCAGGGCGCCAACGGCUGCUUCGACACCCACGUGUGCCUCUGCCUGGACGGCCACGUCACCCGCCACCGGCCGCCCCUGCUCUUCGACCUGUCCACGGACCCCGGCGAGACGAGGCCCCUCACCCCGGAGACGGAGCCGCGCUUCCAGGACAUCCUGAGGGUCCUGCAGGAGGCCGCCGACCGCCACGCCCAGACCCUGUCCCCGGGCAACACCCUGUGGAAGCCGUGGCUGCAGGUCUGCUGCGCCUCCGCCGCGGGGCUGUCCUGCCAGUGCGACCCGCAGACGCGGGAGCCGGGCGCGGGAAACUAGCCGCCGGCCACAGGGAGGCCCGGGCCACGCUGCCACCGUCGGCAGGAGCCAGGGGUGGACGCCUGUCCCCGUUGGCCAAAUGGGUAUUGAUGACCCCGAUUACGUGGAACCCAGGGUGGACGCCACUCGCCGUGUCCACAUAGAGAGACGGACGGACAGAAAGACGCAGAUGUCCCCUAUAUUUAUGUGCACAGAGAUCGACACACGCCCCCCACAUAUGGCCCACACGCGGAGCACCUUCCCCCACUAUUUAAAUAAAGACCCAUACAAGG